AUGUACGAAAGAGCCCUCGACUGGGCCAUCCAACACACGUCGGCCAAGACCGAGAGAACACGGUUAACACGGAUCACGCACGGUGCCAUUACCGGAGGUCCGGUGACCAUUUGGUGGGUGUGUGUGCUGGCGACCAACGGGGCUACUCUCUCUCUUUCUCUACAUUGCUCCAUCCACCACAAAACAAUGCGAGCCACCUUGUUCGUCGUGGCCCUGAUCGCUCUCCUGGGUCGCGCUCUCUACGAGCGUGCCCAGACAGUCGGCGCUUUCCGCAAGCCCAACACCUUCCACGCCGCAGGAGAGAUCAAGGUCAUCCCAGACACCAUCAACGCCGAGGACCUGCACCUCGACCAUGCCAGUGGCCUUAUCUUUGCUGCUGCUCACGACAGGGAUGGAGGACGCAGCAAGUGGUUCCCGCCUCUGACGCGCUUCGGCGAGCCCCAGAGCAUCCUCGAGCACGGCGGUGGCCUGCGUGUCAUUGAUCCCACGACGUUUAAGACUACCCGUCUCGAGCUCAAGGGCUUUGACGCUCCGUUCAGCACCCACGGCAUCGACACUGUCCGCGACCCAGAGCAACAGGAUGCAAUCUACAUUCUGGCCGUCAACCACUUGCCCACCACAGAGUACCUGCAGACCCUCGACGCUACCGCGCCCGUCAAGGCCGCCUCGCGGAUCGAGAUCUUCCACCAUGUUAUUGGCACCGACAUUGCUACUCACGUCCGCUCCGUUGAGCACGACCUCGUCAAGAUGCCCAACGACAUCUUUGCCAUUUCGCCGUUCGCGUUUUACGUCACCAACGACCACCACUACCGCGAGGGACCCCUUCGUACGGUCGAGGUCCUGGGCACCAAGCGCUUCGCCGGCUGGUCGACCACUGUUUAUGUAGAGGCCGACGAGACGAAGAACGGCGCCGACGGUGUCCAGGCAAAGGUCGCUCUCACUGGUCUCCACAACAACAAUGGUCUCGGCCACACCCCCAACGUCUCGACCAUCCUGAUCAACGAUGCCGCUGGCGGUGUGACCUACACUGCUCGGAUCAAGGAGGACCGCACCCUCGAGGUCGUCCACGAAUUCCCUCUCCCGAUCACUAUUGACAACCCCUUCUGGUUCACCGACCCUUACCCCUCCGUUGACCACGACGCCAGUGGUGUUGUCAACGCCGGUCUCACCCAGGGGAUCAAGCUGGAAAAGGAGCUUGACAUCGCCGAGGGCGCCAUUGCGCCUUCUGUCUUUCUCACCUCGGGUCUCGGCCGUGGGCAGCUCAACACCACUUUGCUGUUCGAGGACGACGGCAACGUGCUUCGCUCAGCGUCGGCCGCUGUUCUGAUUGCGAUUGAUCCCAAGAAGAACGAGGGCAAGAAGCAGGGCUGGCUGUUUGUUUCCGGGUUUGCGUCCAAGGCGGCCGUUGCUGUCAAGGUGGAUCUCUAG